GCCUGCCCGUUCUCACCGUCCCACACUUUCUCCAUACUUCCCGUCUGACCACCCUUCGUUCCUUCCUCUGCCCUCCGAAUCCUCUUUGGUCUCUACGAUGACCGCUAUUCCUUUUCUGAUAGCUAGGUGCUGGAAAUGACGCCAUAAAUCGACAGCCGGUGGAGAUAGGAGAGAAGGGAGAUAAAACUAAACUAUAUAGAGAGAAAGAAAGACGGGAAUUAAGUGAAGGAAGAUGAUGUUGGAGUAUGAAUGGGGGAAUUCAGCGGCGGCGGCGGCGGCGGCGAUGCUGUUGUUCGGGGACCAGGAGACCGGUCAGGACACGGGGCAGGACCGAGCGGUGUUCGACAGCUACGGCAGCCAUGGUGGCCUCGGCGGCGUGGGCUUCUUCCCAAACCCGCAGCCUCUGACGGCGGCGGCACUCUUCUCGCCGUCCUCCUCGUCAUCCUCUUCCUGCCACCAGAGGUAUGGACUGGCUCUGCCGCCGGCGCCGGCGAGGAUCGGGCUGAACCUGGGCGUGCGCACCUACUUCUCCUCCGCCUCCCCGGAGGAGGAUAUGGUCGUCGGCCGGGUGUGCCGAAGAAGAACUCGCACCGCCCUGUGCCAGGCCGAGGGCUGCGGCGCCGACCUCACCCACGCCAAGCACUACCACCGCCGCCACAAGGUCUGCGAGUUCCACUCCAAGGCUUCCGUCGUCAUCAUCGCCGGCCACUCCCAGCGCUUCUGCCAGCAGUGCAGCAGGUUCCAUGUACUCGCGGAGUUCGAUCAAGGGAAGCGGAGCUGCAGGAAGCGACUGGCGGAUCACAACCGUCGAAGGAGGAAGUCUCAGGACCUUACGACGGCCACCAUUACCAUCACCCAGGCCAAUAAUGGCACCACCAAUACUAAUCGCGGCGUGAUCAACAACUCGGUGGCCAAUCCAGAGAGGGUAUUCACUGCUAGCAGCAGCAGCAGCAGCACAAACAACAACAAUAAUAACAAUAACAACUGCACUCCUACCGCUCCCUUGGCGUUCACUACGUGCAAGCUGGAGACUGAGUCUACGGUGACUCAAGUAGUGUCGUCUCCUCCGGCACCUCCGCCGCUGCCGCUGCCCCCACCAGCCACAGAGCCAAGGAUGGCGCUGGGGCUGGGCUGCGGCGGCGGAGGCAUCGUGACAGUACUCCCAGCAGCAGCAACAGGGCUGUCGGCCUCGUCAUCAGCGGGGACUUCGCCGGCGCCGAGCGUCCCAUUCUUGUCUCACCUUGGGGAGUUCCGUGGGCAUGAGAUCAGGUUCCCCAGCUGGGACGAUGCGGGGGAUGGCAGCAGUAUUAGAGGUCUUUAUCAGAGCACGUAGGAGAAGUAGCCGCAGUCUGUGUUUCUUAUUGCUUUUGCUGUCUCUUUGAGUUUCUACCUUCUUCUUAAUAUAUAAGAGCUAUCUUAGUUUUGAAAACAUUCCUA